AACUUGAUAUCAGUCAUAAUAAGAUUGACAGCGAACAGAAUCUAAUGAUAUGUACAAAAUUACAAAGUAUUCAAAUGGUAGAUAUCUCUGAAAAUCCUUUGUCAAACAAUCAUCCAAAUUUAUUCAAACAAUUAAAAGAUUCUCUGCAUAAAAACGUUUCAUGCCAUCUUAAGACAGAAAACCAUUCUAAGGACUUAAAUCUGACUUUUAAAAUAAAAUCUCAAGCAAAAGCGAUGAAGAGGAAUGGUCAGAGUUUCAGCUUGCCUAGGCUAGUUAAAAUAAACUUAAAGCCUAGUUUACAAGAGUACCCAAGACCCCCAGUGAUAAAGACUAAAGAAUUUAAAAGGAAGAAAAAGAAGACAAAUUUCAAACUCCAGUACCAAGAUGCUGUCUCUUUAACUCUAAAAGAGAUAGAAGUUGACUCCAACAAGAUUUUCCCUCCAAAAGAGAAAGGAAAUCAUGAGGAUAACUUGUUCUCUAAUACUGAGCUAAAAGAAGACAAUAAAGAUGAGUUCUUUUUAACACAAGAAAACUCUCAUCAACAAUGGGAGCCGAAGAACACAUCAAUGAGCCGCUCUUUCUCUCAGAAGAAUUUUGAGUCUAUCAAGGGAAAUAUAAGCAACCAGAGUAUUGAAGAGAAGGAGGUCCUUAAACUUCUUCUUCAAAAUGAACCUAAACAGAAAAAUGAGUCAUCGUAUGUUGAAAUGGAUAGUGAAUUUAUGCUCAAUAACCCCAAGGCAAACACCCAAGAGUUCGGCAAUAUAAAGAUUAACACCAUGAAUGAGUGGGCAAGACUGAGUUUGUUAGAUCAUGAUAAGCAAAUUAACUAUAAGGGUACUAACCUUCCAAGUAUGAGAAAAUUAGCCAAUGAACUCAAAAUUAUUAUCAAGAAGACUGACUACGAGUAUACUGAGAAAAAGAAGACAAAAUCUCAUCUUAAGGAAAGUUUGAAAGCAAUGGAAUUUUUGUUACAAAAGAAUGCUUUUGAUCUCUUAGCAAUAAAAGAUCAAUCUAAAGAACUCUCUUCAGUGAGCGACCUAAAGCCCACUCCUCUUAUGGAAGAAUUGAAAAAGAACUUCUUACCCUUACAAGUCCUCAAAACAGGAAUGAAUCCUCUUAACACUGACCUUCUUCACAAGGAAGUAGAGAGGUGAGGGAUCAUAGUAGAAAAGUACCUAAAAAUGGAGGAUAUAGAAGACGUUAUAGAAAGCUUUAAUUCUCAUAAGAGCAAAACAAAAUAA